AUCACAUAAAAGUGGGGCGUGUUGGCUAUAGCUCUGCGAACCAUAUACACCAGCUCUCAUCCCCAGUCAAACACACAACAGCCAUGCCUUAUCAUAAUGAAGACGAGGACACAUACUCGGAGAAAGCCUACGAGGAUCCCCGGUAUCGCACUCAGGAUAUGCGAGCAAUGCCACCUCCGCCAUAUGCCGAUGUCAACCGAUCGUAUGCCAGCGGUCCAUCCUAUGGUCCCCAAAGCUCAAGUACCAGUCACAUGCAAGGGCAUGCCUACCCAGGCUCGGACUAUCCGGCUGAUGCGUCUCCGGGGCAGUCUAGCACGUCCAACGGGAGCGGCUCUGGGGGCAUGUCUGGCAUGCUGAGGAACCUAGCUCUAGGACAAAGCAUUGCGUCCCUGCUCGACCCUCCGCCUCCGCCCUUCCUACGCGCACCUCGUCCCGACCUUCCUUACGGACCCUUCGAGCCCGCGGCUCUGACCAGCCUAGAUGAUCAGCUUGACAAGGGCUUCCCGCCGCUUGCACCGCCUGCCGUGACGGCGCCGCAUCCGUUCGUGACACACGAUGUGGCCGACGAAGACUGGCAGCGAUUCUUGCACGACGUUAGAAUCGCCAGCUCGCUCUCACCGAUCGAAUGCGCCAAGGCGGGCGUGGCACCGAUAGCAAUGAAUAUCGGCUUAAUGGGCAUGCUCGUCUCCAAGGGUAUUGAGAAGCGGAUGAGGAACAAGAAGAGCGACGCGAUCGGCGAACUCAUCGAGCAUUGGAACGCUGCAGCACUUCUUCCAUCCAAGACGUGUCACUGUGGUCCUGGCCCAAGGUUCGAUGGCUUAUAGCGGACCCGAGGGCGUACCCCCACCGGACAUGGCACUGUACUCAGCCGCCCUUGCACGCGACAACGAGAUCAUGUCGAACAGCUCAGACGAGGAGGU